CUCGUGAGAAAUUGUUUUAUCCAAUGAAAAAAAUUAAAAAAUUUCCAACCCUCUCUUUCUUUCCCAUCUUUCGACUCAUGGUGGAGAAAGUGGAAAGAGUCAUGUCGCCCUGGAGUGAUGAAGAAGGCAAGAAAUGCGAAGUCAUGUGUGCCAACUGCGAAACCACAACAACUCCCCUCUGGAGACGAGACGCCAGCGGUCGAACUAUUUGUAACGCCUGUGGCUUGUACUAUAAACUACACUUGGUUCAUAGACCCGCCACCAUGAUGAGAACCGUCAUCAAACGAAGAAAACGUUGUUCUGCAAACGAAAAAGCCAUGGCCGCUGCUGCUGCUGUUGCCGAUAGCAAUGCAGAAAGGUCGGGCUGUCAAAGCCCUGAGGAAGAAGAAGAAGACUAUGAACGCAGGCGAAAAUCACCUUCGGCUCCUCACUUACUUUUGCCUCCCAUUUUCCCUCCAUUAUCACCACCGGCUUAUCGAGCUGCACCAAUUACAAUAGAUCAUGUAUGCUCUAAUACAAUAGCAGAGGCUCAAAAGGAGCGCCGAAAUGAUCUACAACGAGAAGUAUCUAGAUUAUCGGCGUUGCUAUCUAACACGGUUGCUAUGCUACAAAAUGUCGAUCAAGCAAUAGCAAAUCCAAGUCCUCCUCAUGCAUGCAAGGCAUGCGCAACAAUCACAGACAGCAUUAUUCCUCAGGAACAUCAGGUGGCAAGGUCUUUACUUUCAUUGGCUCAUUCACCGCCCCCUUAUCUAAACCGUUUACCACCUAUAUCAUUCUGCACAGCACCUACUAGACCUGCUACACCUUCAUUCUUACCUUAAAAAAAAUACACACAUUUUCAUUCCAGC